UUUACAGGUCAUGGACUGUGCAAUGCCUCUGAUUGGUGAGCACCAGACUGAAGACAGGCAACAUAUAACUGAUCUAGUCGUAAGCAAAAUGAACCAAAUGUUGUCCAAAACUCCUAUACCAUCUCCUCAGAGACCCACUGCCACUCAGCAGCCUCAGAGUGGAUCACUAAAGGAGCCAGAGCCAAACAAAAUCCCACCUCAGCGACCACCACCUCAAGGUUGUUUACAGUACAUUCUCGACUGUAAUGGCGUUGCAGUAGGACCAAAACAAGUCCAGGCUACUUAGAUAAUUGAGAUUAAAAGCAAGGGUUAAAGCAAAAAUGAAAAAAAGAAAA